GCCCCUUCUUGCUACAGUUCCCGCAGAGUAAAAGUCACGUUGGAACGAAAGGGGAGAGCUAUCCACUUACAGCUGCUGUCAGAUAUUCGAUCGCGUUUGCAUGGCGAGGAGGUAACCUGAUCGGCUAAAGGCUUGCCGAAACCAGGGAGGAGUGACUUACCAGGAAGGCUUGAAAAAUGUCUUCUUCCCUAGUAGAAGUCACAACAGCAAAUGACAUCAAGAAGGAAAAUGUGAAGACGGACAAGCGAGAGUGCAUCAAGCUUCUGGCGCUGGAUACCGCGGAGUUGUCUAUGGAGCGCGCCACUUCGAACACUGAUGCGGUCCACACUGAACUUCUAGUGAGCGCGACUUCCUCGCUGGCAUUUUCGCCGGAGCAAGUAGCGUGCGUCUGUGAGGCACUGCAGCAGGGAGGCAAUGUGGACCGGCUGGCCAGGUUUCUAUGGUCCUUACCGCAAAGUGACUUACUACGCGGCAACGAAAGCAUCCUGAAAGCCCAAGCCCUUGUUGCUUUUCACCAGGCUCGGUACCAGGAGCUCUACAGUAUUUUGGAAAACCACAGCUUCAGCCCGUCAAAUCACUCGUCGUUGCAAGACCUGUGGUACAAGGCACGGUACACCGAGGCAGAGAAAGCGCGGGGGAGACCCCUGGGCGCAGUGGAUAAGUAUCGCCUGCGGAGAAAAUACCCUCUCCCUCGGACUAUCUGGGACGGGGAAGAGACAGUUUACUGUUUCAAAGAGAGGUCUCGAAACGCGUUGAAGGAUUUGUACAAGCAGAACAGGUACCCUUCUCCUGCUGAGAAAAGGAACCUCGCUAAGAUCACAGGACUCUCUUUGACCCAAGUUAGCAACUGGUUCAAAAACAGAAGACAGAGGGACAGAAAUCCUUCCGAAGCACAAUCGAAAAGUGAAUCUGAUGGCAACCACAGCACCGAGGAUGAGUCUAGCAAAGGGCAGGAGGAGCUCUCUCCCAGGCCCCUCUCAAACUCCUCUGACGGAACCAUCUCCCAUGGAGGCCUCCCCCUUCAAACCAGCUCUCUGGACAGUGGGGUCAUCAUCCAACAAAUAGGAGACAUCAAGAUGCCCCCUGGAUCCAGCACCGGGGUGCUCUUCAACGGGAACCUGGUGACGAGCAACAACUCCACCGUGUUCCACAACGGCGGCUCGUCUUACCUCCAGGCCCCCAGCAACAUCCUCUUCAACGGGCUGAAUCUUGGUGUCCAGCCCCUGGCCUUCAAUCCGCUGCGGCCCUCUGGAGGGGUGCAGCUGGGGGGCUCUGGUGUGGACAUGCAGAUGCAGGCAGCCCAGGAGAAGGGUCUGGGAGGGUCUGGCGUGGACUCGGGCCUGCAGUACGCCUCCUACCCAGACUGUGUGAACGGGUCGGAGGUGAAGCUGGAGGGGGUGCACAGCAUGGGGGCCCAGAACGGGGGUUCCUCAGUCUUGACGUUCAGCUCCUCCUCGGGGGCUCUGCAGCUGGGAGGUUACAGCCUGGUUCAGGUUCCCGGUGGGGUCGCUGACAGCGACGGCUCCGCGCUUCUUAACAGCACGGUGGGCCUGCCCUCCCUGCAGCUCUCCACUGGAUCCUCCUCUGCUCUUUCACAAGGUACCCUCCAAAUGAACAACAUAGCGGUUAGCUCCUCCAACGAGGACUCCUACCAGCAGCAGACACAGCAUCAGGACAAAAUGACCUUGACCCCCCUGCACCCCAGCACAGUGCUCUACAUGGGCACCACGGGUCAGACCUCCAUCAAGAAGGAGCCCCUGGAGGGUGGAGGUGGAGUGUACUCCUACCACCAUGGGCUUCACCUGGACUCCAUUGGCCAGCUCAGCUACACCUCUGGCUCCGAGGAGAUCCCCUCCAGCAGAGGGACGCCCCCCACCACUGAUGUCUCCACGGUCAGCUCGUCCAGAGCGGACCCUGAGGUCUACACCACUCUGACUGUCAGCACCCCACUCAUGGCCCACACAGACCCAGCCGGCCUCCACCUGCAUCCCACUGAGUACAUCAGGGGCCACAACCAACAGGCUUCCACGCACCUACUGGGCUCCGGCAUGAACAGCAGCUACAUGGAGGUGUCGGAGGACAAGGGAGACGGCACGGGCCAGGCCGGGGGGAACCACAUGGGGCGGGUCAUGUGUGGGGAGAUGGAGCCCACGGAGGAGAAAGAGCUGGCCAAAUUACAGACAGUGCAGAUGGAUGAGGACAUGGCUGACCUUUAACCUGUGACCUAUGACCCUACAUAAGCACUCGUAUCUGCUCAAACAGUGAUGUGGUGAAUCUUUUUACUUUCGUGUGUGUGUUUUUUUUUUUACCAUUCAUUUCCUAUAAAUGUUAAGUUAUUUGCUAAUGUUGCGUUCGGUUACUUUACAGUGCACUCAGACAUAACCCCCUUUACCCCACCCCAAGACUGGUAACAUGAAUUCAUACACAUCUUGUUUUUUAAAGCCCCUUAAUCUUUCCUUAACAUCUAACAGAUGUAAGAACCAACUCUUAUUUUCAUAUUGCAGAGGUCAUUUGCAUGCUUUUAAACCAUGUUUUAUGUGUGCAUUUUAUAUAGACAACACCUGCUACUUCCUGUUGAGAGGAUUUGAUCCACUGAGGCAGGUGUUGGAAUGUCAAGUCAUGUGACCAGGAUGUUCCUCCAAACUAAAUGCGUCAUCUGGGUCAAACCAAAAAGGUCAUUUGGUAGGGGGGAAGGGUGAGAGCUAUGUGGAAAUGUUCACUAAAAAACCACUUCAGCUGCACUGCACAACUGCAUACAAAUAAAGCUGUGUGCGGUAGUCAUGGAAUUAUGCAAGUACGCUCUCCAACAAGCACCUACAAUCCUUGGAACUCUUUCCAAACCUUCUCUGUAUCAUCAUCCUGGCUUUCACGAUGUGUAUUGUAUCAAGUAGGCUGAGUGACUCAAAACGAAUGUGCCUUUCUGCCCUACACUGUAGAAUGUCAGAAUGUGUUGACCCGCGUCCGGAUUUGCACUACCAAGGUCCCAACACUACCAGAGAAUACUGUACUCAUCUUGGAAUGUGAGAAUGACAGAGCAAACCUCAUCAAACACAGCGCCACUCGUUAGGUAUUAAUAAACCAAUUUCAAGCUUUAACAGGUGCUGAAGAAAAUACUCAAAAGCAGUGUAAUAGACCUAGUAUCUCUCAUAAACUGCUGCAUUUCAUGGAAAUUUCUAAUCUAAUUGCCACUGCUUUAUCCCAUCAAUCUUCCCAUUUUAAAGUGUUUCUCCAAAUCAAAUUGUAUUUUUCUACUGAGUUAAAUGCAAGCACAUGUCAGCGUAGCAGCGGUUAGUGUCUGUAUGGACACAGCAGGAGACCCUGUCGAAGCAGAGCCGAGCAUCUCAUCCUCACUGGAGUGCUGCUCGUGUACAGAGGAAGACUUCGGCUGUGUCCUUUAUUCGAAAAAAAGAUCACGGUCACCUGUGCCUUUUCAUUUUGAACGUUCUUAGUAACAAAGACUGUGACUGCAGAAGUGCUGUCACACCUUUUUUGACUGAUGUGGAGACAGUGACAUCACAGGUCCUUUGAUGAAGGCUACUCCACCUUUUCUGUCAGGAGAAAUGUCCCUUACGUUUUCGUGGUCAUGGGUAAAGAAAUAUAUUUUGAGAUCUUCACAACAGAUUAGGCAAAUGCGACAGAGAUUUACUCUAUAUUCAAUUUGCCCAUCUCUAAACCUCAUGUAUCGAAAAGAAAAGAAUGAGUGUAUACAUGUUCACCUCCUUUGUAAACCUUCCUAACCCAAGCCCACAUUCAGUAGGAGAAUGCUACCAAGGGCAUUUCUUCUAUUUGCUCUGACAUCAUAUACCAAAAAUGAGCCAUGGACAUUUGGUAACAGAGAUUGUUUUUGCAGUUUUUUUUAUAUCUUAGCUUGAACUGUAUGUUUGUAAUCUGAAAUGACGUGAAUGUAUUUUUCUAAAUCUCCAUACCACAUUAAAAGUUUAUAUUUAUAAAAAUACAA